CGUCUACGUUGUCAGUACGUGGAGGUGGAGUCGUGCAGCGUGCAGCAUGUUGUAUCACCUGUUGCUGCAGACAGUAAAGACACAACAGUCAGCAGGUGUGUCACCUGGUCAGCCUCACCUCCUGCUGUAUGAGCUUGAUGACGAUAAAGUCUUGGAGAAGGCCGUCAACGACUUGUCACAGGCGUCGGGGGAAGGGUCAUUAUACGUCAUCGCUGAUGAAGUAGUGAGUGGUGACAGGCCUAGCUUUGAGAUUUUUUGUGACAAGCUGCUGACAAACGUUCCUUGUCUCCAUCUUUGGGCGGCAAGUUGUUUCCAUGGAGACGCACCCAACGGUUGGCAAGUGGAAUAUUUAACCAGACCCCUCCGCUCUCCACCGGCUGUCGUCAGGGAAGUCGAGCAGGACGUGAUGAUCUCUUCAGACCGUGCUGUAAAGCCGUACAGUGAGCGAGGUGUGCCCGACCACACAGACGGCCCGCCAGUCAGACGACUGUAUCACCGAGGUCAGGGUCACUCCGAUCGCUGGCCAGUUGACUGUGUGACGUGCGUUGGUGAGGUGGCCAGCUUCCUACACAGUCUCCGUGUUGGUGUUACAGAGAGUGGCACAUCAACAUCUACAACAGUCACCCCAACCAUGGGUGGCACAACACCACCCUGUCUACAGUGGAGAGAUGUAAUGAUUUUGGACUGGGAUGACGUUAGCUACAACUCGGGUAUGGUGGAGGGACUGCAAGAAGCGGGUAUCCCAGUGCGGGUGAUGAAGGAUGAUGACAUGGACGACGUGGCCACGGCCCGCAGUGACGUGGUGUGGGUGGCGGAUGGAAAUUGUGUUCGUGGUCUGGAGAGAAAAGUCAUCGUCUGUCUACAGGAUCUUAAAUUUGAGUUGAUUAGCUCUGUCCGACUUGCCCUCAUGUCCCGCUGUACGUCACAACUUGUGAUUGUCUCCACUGACCACAUGUCACCUGAAGACGACUGGCAAUAACACACCUGUCCCCUGUCACCAUUAAAGGAGCCUUUAAAGAAUCCAUAGCAUGGAGUUGAGAAAUUGUAGUUUACUUUAGCUUUAACUGGUAGCCAAUGAAGAGAGUAAAGAAGUGUUGUGACAUUUUCACAUUUGUGGGUCCAGAAAACGAGACGAGCAGCUGAGUUCUGGAUUUUCUGAAUCUUAUCAAUGAGAUGCCGUAGUCUAGUUUACACAGAACAAAUGAGAAGAUGAGAAUUUUUGUGGUUAAGAUGAACAGAGCAUGGCGAGUAAAGCUAAUUUUCUGGAGCUUAUAGUCUGCAGAACGCCAGAUGUGAGAAAUAUGUUCACCAAGAGACAUGCCAGUAGACAUUAUCUAACCUAAGUCACGUGGUCAAUUACAAAAAGUAACAACGGCAUCGUCUACCAGUCUCUCGGAACAGAGACAGGCAGUGAAGUAUAAACUCUGGCUUUUCUCAUUAAAAAAAUAAAGCUUCUGUUUUUUCGUCA